UCAACAUCUGAUCAGGAUCCUCCUGGGCGCCUCCCAUUCGUGUUUUGGGCACGUCCCAUCUGGUCUGGGAACGCCUCGGGGUCCUCCAGGAGGAGCUGUGAAGAGGAACAUCUGGGGAGCUUUGCUCAGCGUCCUGCCCCCGAGACCCAGCCCUGGAUUGGUGGACGAAAAUAGAUGGAUGGAUAAGAUGAUUUAAUCUUGUGGCUCUUCUAGACUUCAAAAUGUUAUGGAUUCAAAUGGAUCAAAUCCUGAGAGUGAAACAAGUCGUUCAACUGCAGUCACAAUGUAAGUCAAUGGGAGGAAGUCUUUUUGGGUUACAGAGCAUCACGUGACGCGCCUGAAAGUUCGAACUCCCACUACGAAAAGUGGCUUCAAAGCCUGGCACACUUCAGGGGAACAGUUUUAUGUUGUUGAAUACUCUGUGUCAGCAACCAAAGUGUCUGAACUGAGAAGACGCUGCACACCCCAUGGUGUCUCAUUGUCCUGCUGUCUUCUGCAUUAACCUGUUAGCAAGACUUUGUUUUAAAACUGAUUUUAAAAGCAACAACAGCAGAAUAACAAAACGUAUUUACAUAGAAAUAAAAUCAGGAGAAAUGAAAUAAUUUGCAGAAACAUCAAAAAAUGGCAGUAAUACUGAAAUCACGCUGUGGAGCCGCCCUCAGUGUGACGGACCUACAGAUGGACUGUAAACGUCUCUGGAUCUCAUAGAUUUGGAUUUAAUCUGUUUGUUGUGAAAUGAGUCGGUCACGAACUUCAUCGCUGAUCUCAGAGGAUCCAUCGCAGCUUUUUAAAAUGCAAACACAAACCUCCCUCCUGCCGUCACUUCCUGUCUGACGGAGCGGAGGUUCUUCUCCCCGCUGACCUCAGAGGUGAGUCUGCAGGUCGUCUCAUUAUCAGCAGGUAAAUAUUGUCACACUGACGUCAGAGCUGCUCUCAUAUAAACCCUUCAUGUCUCAGACUGAGACUCAGCAUCCAGAGGCGUCUCUCAGUGUCCCUCAGCGUCCUGCACGGUCCGAGUCCAUAAGCGCCAUGCUCAGCGGCAGGAUGCUGCUCCUCAGCGCCUCCUGCUGGCUGCUGGUUGUUUUGGGGAGCAGCGAGGAGCUGAUAGAGGAGCGAUCACCUGGAGACACUGCCAUCAAGACACAAGAGGAGGAGGAACUGAUUGAAGCUCUGCAGGAAGUUCUGGAGAAGUUAAAGAACAAACAGCUGCCGUCGUCAGAGAAGAAGCUCGGCUGGGUUCCUUCUUGUGAUGCAGGUGAGCAGUGUGCGGUGCGUAAAGGUUCGAGGAUCGGGAAGUUGUGCGGAUGUCCCGGAGGAACCGUCUGUAACUUCACUGUCCUCAAGUGCCUGUAGGAACUUCCUGUUUUUCUCAGCUACAAAAUAAA